UUCAUUUCAUAUCUCUCAAAAAUCAAUCAUUAUAAUUAUUUUCCCCCAAAUUUUUAUUCACCAAAAAAACAAACCCUAAUUUCUGUGAUAAUCAAUUGAAUUGAAUUGAAGUAAGUAUGUGUGGUGGUGCGAUCAUUUCCGAUUUCAUUGCGCCGACGGCGGCGAACAGGUCUCGCCGGUUAACUGCCGAUUUGCUCCGUCAAACUCUAUUUGUUAAUAACAAAAAAUGUUACUCGAAACCGAUGAGAUCCGCUGUAUUUGAAAAUAUUGAAGAUGAAUUUGAAGCUGAUUUUCAAGGAUUUAAAGAUGAUAUUGAUGAUUUUGCUGCUGUGGAUGUUCAUUCUAAACUGUCUGCUCCUCCUCCUCCUAUUACUGGCUCAAAAUCUGCGAAGUCUGAUAAUAAAGUUGAUAAUACUAAUACAAGGAAGAGGAAAAAUCAAUACAGAGGGAUCCGCCAGCGCCCAUGGGGCAAAUGGGCUGCUGAGAUUCGUGACCCGCGAAAAGGUGUGCGUGUGUGGCUGGGUACUUUCAAUACUGCUGAAGAAGCUGCUAGGGCUUAUGAUGAUGAAGCCAGGAGGAUCAGAGGGAGUAAGGCAAAGGUCAACUUCCCUGAAGGAGUUGAGUCAAACCCUGAGAAAGAACUUCCUAAAGUUAACCCGAUCGUGAACCAGAGCUUAAAUGGUUCACUUGGGACUUUUGAACAGAAACCUCAGAUCAACCAUGUUGCUGCUGAUAUGGGGAUCAAACAAGUGUCUCCAUUAGACGGUCCUGCUGUGUUUCACUUCAACUCCGAUCAGGGUAGCAACUCCUUUGGUUGUUCAGACUUUGGCUGGGGUGAUCACGCAACAACUCCAGAGAUCACAUCUGUUUUCUCUGAGGUUGAUGAUGUUAGCUUCAUGGAUAAUGGCAAUCCUGCAAAGAAACUGAAACCUGACUCUGCAGACACAGUUUCUGGAGAUGGACUUUUUCAGAUGCCAUACUUUGAGGGGAGCUGGGAUACUUCUUCAGUAGACGCCUUCUUAAAUGGCGAUGCCACUCAAGAUGAUGGAAAUGCAGUUGAUCUUUGGAGCCUUAACGACCUUACUGCCAUCAUGGAUGGAUCUUUCUAAUAAAUUGUGCAUUUGUUGGUGAUGAUGGGCAAACGGAUAAGCAUGGGUGACUCAAGUUGCUUCGGUUGUAUGCAGAGUAUAUAAGCUUAACAAUGAGGUGUAUUGAGAUCAUAAGACCUAAAACUUAUAUUUUGUACUAGUUAUAUUUUGUCUGUAUGGAGGAUAAAUGUUCUUAAACUAAUGGUUGUGAGUUGUGACUUAAUUUUGUACUGGAAA